GAGGGCUGAGCUAAGCUUGUCAUUUCACUGCCACCGAAAAACGAGGUGUAAUCGUGCACGAGACCGCUCCGGACCGAAAACCGGGAAUCCAGAAAGAUUUGUGUUCAAAGUGUGCUAAAGUUAUCAUCCACAAAACAGAGAAAUGUUCCGCUUGCCUACAGUGUUACGUGUUGCUGCUGCACGACAGGUCGCCUCCAGUCGGGGCUACGCUAAGGAUGUUCGCUUUGGACCGGAAGUGCGUGCCCUUAUGCUGCAGGGUGUGGAUGUGCUAGCCGAUGCUGUGGCUGUUACGAUGGGACCAAAGGGACGCAACGUCAUUCUGGAACAAAGCUGGGGUUCACCCAAAAUCACCAAAGACGGCGUGACGGUGGCAAAGGGUAUCGAGCUGAAGUGCAAAUUCCAGAACAUUGGUGCCAAGCUGGUGCAGGAUGUGGCGAACAACACGAACGAGGAAGCCGGUGACGGUACCACGACCGCAACCGUGCUGGCCCGUGCUAUCGCCAAGGAGGGCUUCGAGAAGAUUUCCAAGGGUGCAAAUCCGAUCGAGAUUCGUCGUGGUGUGAUGCUGGCCGUGGACACCGUGAAGGAGCACCUAAAGACGCUGUCGCGCAAAGUGAAUACACCGGAAGAGAUCGCCCAGGUGGCAACGAUUUCGGCGAACGGUGAUCGUGCAAUCGGAGACCUGAUCAGUGAGGCGAUGAAGCGCGUCGGCAAGGAGGGUGUUAUUACGGUGAAGGACGGCAAGACGCUGAACGACGAGCUGGAGGUGAUCGAGGGCAUGAAGUUCGACCGUGGCUACAUUUCGCCGUACUUCAUUAACUCGAGCAAGGGCGCGAAGGUAGAGUUUCAAGAUGCGCUCGUGCUGUUCUCGGAGAAGAAAAUCUCGACCGUGCAGUCCAUCAUUCCAGCACUGGAGAUGGCGAAUCAGCAGCGCAAACCGCUCGUCAUCAUUGCGGAAGAUGUGGAUGGUGAGGCACUCAGUACGCUGGUAGUGAACCGGCUGAAGAUCGGCCUGCAGGUGGCAGCGGUAAAGGCACCCGGUUUUGGAGAUAACCGUAAGUCGACACUCUCGGAUAUGGCCAUCAGUACCGGUGGUAUUGUGUUUGGUGAUGAUGCGAAUCUGGUGAAGCUGGAGGAUGUGCAGUUGUCGGAUCUGGGACAGGUGGGUGAGAUCACGAUCACCAAGGACGAUUGUCUGCUGCUGAAGGGACGCGGCAAGCAGGAGGAUGUAAACCGCCGGGCGGAUCAGAUCCGUGACCAGAUCGCGGAGACGACGUCCGAGUACGAGAAGGAAAAGCUGCAGGAGCGUUUGGCUCGUCUAUCGUCGGGUGUGGCCGUACUGAAGGUUGGUGGUUCGAGCGAGGUGGAGGUUAACGAAAAGAAGGAUCGUGUCAAUGAUGCGCUGUGCGCGACACGUGCCGCCGUUGAGGAGGGUAUUGUGCCUGGUGGUGGCACCGCACUGAUCCGUUGCGCACCUGCCCUGGCGAGCCUGAAGGGUGCCAACGAGGAUCAGAACACGGGCAUCGAGAUUGUGCGCCGUGCGCUACGUAUGCCGUGCACACAGAUCGCCAAGAAUGCCGGUGUCGAUGGAUCGGUGGUGGUAGCGAAGGUAGAGGAACUGCAGGGUGACUUCGGAUACGAUGCGCUCAACAACGAGUACGUCAACAUGAUCGAGAAGGGCAUCAUCGAUCCGACGAAGGUCGUCCGGACGGCGCUUUCCGAUGCGUCCGGUGUGGCGUCACUGCUCACCACGGCCGAAGCUGUGGUGACGGAGAUCCCGAAGGAAGAACCAGCUAACCCUAUGGGCGGAAUGGGCGGCAUGGGUGGUAUGGGUGGAAUGGGAGGAAUGGGUGGUAUGAUGUAAGAUAGUUCGUCGAGCGAGAGUUUUCGAACAGAGGGAGAUAGCGUGAAGCUGUGGGGGAAGAUGCUCCCAAUGUCGGGAAUGGUGAAUUCCGAUUCUCCGAUGAAAGUCCUAGCAAACUAACACCCAGAGAGACGAAUUCAAAUCAUCAUCCGGUGCAUUAGAGUUUCUUCCCUGUACACCUUCACGAGCAAUCGAAAGCUUAAUGCAUUUAUUGUUUUAAAGACGACAAUGUUUCCCUUUUUUUCUUCUCUCUGUACACCUUAUACACCACCAUCAUAGUUCGAGAGCGAAUUCUUAACGCCAGAAUGUAUGUUUCCAAAUGAUCGGCGUAUUUUCAUCACGCUUCUCGAACACAUCACGCUAGUGUCAGCCUUUCAGGGUUUUACUGCUUGGAUAGGGAGUGUUGCGUAAAGUUUGUUUUAAAUUAAAACACAUUCGCGUCACGUCAAAGACGACGCCCAUGUAAAGAGAACCCCUGUCGGUAGAUCGACAACACACAUCGCUGGUGUUAAAUCAGGUAUGGCGAAUGCAACGUUAUGAACAAUAUUUAGAAUUAGUAUAGCUAUCCGGUAGAGUUGAUUCCCUCGCAGGGGCUAGGUUAAGCGAAAACAGGAGUUGCGUAGGAGCAGCUGUAGCGCGUGGAGUGCGUUUGUCCUGUAGUCACACACAAACAGAUCAUGUGAACGAUCAUAUUAGUCUAUAAGAGAGGAAGCUAUAUGUUACACCCUUUGACUCCAAAUACAGUCACUGGACGAUGGAGACAGAAUAUGAGAGCAGUAGUUAAGUAUAGUUGGUGUUGAGUGCGACUUGUAGUGAUAGCCAGCCACACAUCUUUAUUGUAGUUUGUAGACUAUUACUGCUUUUCGGUUAUCUGUUUAGUUCCCUUGCUUGUUUAUUCUGUUUAUAAGAACGCUGUGUUUCUCGUUCCAUACAAAACCUUGUCUGGCAACUCAUGUACAACAACAUUCUUUGAACGAGCAUUUCUCUUUCAUAUAGUUUUUUUUUGUUCCAAAAAUAAGGAUUAGGCUAGUGGUAGAGAAUCGCGUGCGUCUUAGCUGAUACUUCCAUUUUGCAAUAGGAAAUCAAUCGCAGGCAGUCACAGUGAUGGACGGAUUCAGGUCCAAAAAGUGCUCACAUCUCAGUUCUCGCGUAUAGGAGAAACAAACGACAGCCGCCAAGGUGGGUUUUGUACAAUGGACGUUUCAAAUUUCCUGUGAAAAGCAACACACCAGUUUUAAUUGUUUGAUGAUUAGUUCAAUUAAGGCUUGUUGAAAUCAUACACAGAAGCAAGAUGAAGUCGAGUCGCUAGGUGUUCUUGCGUACUGCCAAAUUCCAACACCGGAGCACCAUAAUCGCAGCGGGACGAUAUGAUUUCGAUAGUUGUAAUUAUUUGUUUCGAAUGCACGAAUCGUCCCAUCCUGCUGCUAUGGUCGCAGAGAAACCUCGUUUAAGUAUUCGUUUUCCGCCUGGGAACGGUUAAGGGAAAAUACACGGUUCAUUACCAUUUUCGUAACAAAAUC